AUGCCUCCUUUCCGUGUUUACUUUACAGUUUCUCUAUACAUUCUGUCUAAACUAGAGACGAGUCGGUGCUACACUUAUCAGAGCAAACCUCUGUUUCUGUCUUUCUCUGAGCUGGCUGCUCUCGAAGGAAACUCUUUGGAUCAGGUAAACAAACCCAACUCUCACUCUGGAGAUCACAAGGUCAAGACCUUUGUGGUGAAAUGUGACGGGGACAGCGUGGAGGUUGUGAUGAAAGCCUACCUGUUAGACCCGAGCCUGCCUGUGGAGCCCGAACACUUGAGGCUUGGACCCGUCAGCGCCGGGCGACGUCACUGCACGGCCAAAGUGUCUGGAAAUGGGGAGUACAUCAUCAGAGCCCCUCUGACUGACUGUGGGAGUGAAGUGAUGUUCACCCAGAGUGCUGUGCUGUACAGCAACAUCCUGCUGUAUUCUCCAACAUCACCUGGAAACAUGUUUCAGGAGGGCGAAGGAGCUGCCGCUCCAGUGCGGUGUGAAUAUGAAAGGAGGUACGCGGUGAGCAGCGGGGCCCUGAAACCAACCUGGAGUCCCCUAAUCUCCACCCAGUCGAUGCACCUCGACCUGGACUUCCAUCUCAGGCUCAUGACAGAUGACUGGAGCAGUGAGAGAAAGUCAUCUGUGUACUUCCUGGGUGAAACGGUCAACAUUGAGGCCUCUGUAGAUCAUCAUCCUCCUCUUCGUCUAUAUGUAGACAGCUGUGUGGCUACUCUGACCCCUGAUGUGAACUCUUACCCCAGAUACCCCUUCAUAGACCACCAGGGAUGUUUUACAGAUUCCCAGCUGCAUGGCUCUGGCUCCCGUUUCCUGCCCAGAGUCCACAACCAACUCCUCCAGAUUGAACUCCAGCCUUUCCUCUUCCACCAGGACCACAGACACACCAUAUAUAUAACAUGCUACCUGGAAGCAGAGCCCAUUUCAAACAAGGACCCAGAGAAAAGGGCUUGUUCUUUUCUGAACGGGAGGUGGCGGUCAGUGGAUGGUGAUGAUCAGGCCUGUGUGAGCUGCAGUAGCAGUACCAAGUUAAACCACAAGAGGGCAGCGAGGAGCAAAGCAAAGCAGAGACAGCCUGAGCUGCACAUGGAAACUAGUUUGGGUCCAGUGAUAUUUCUGACUACAGCAUGAAAACACGAAUAUCUGCACAGAAGUCAACAGUUUCAUAAUUAAAAAAAAGUUUAAGCACCUGUGACAUGAAA